CGCGCAAACAAUGGCGCGCCACAUCCUUUUCUCGCUCUUCUUUUGACUUUCAGGCGCUUACCUCUCUACUUUCUCUUGUUUCUUUCUUUCUUCUCCCUGUUAUUUCCACCCACCUUUCUCCCUACACAACUCCGCAAAAAUGAGCUCUCACGACAACGAGGACCUUAUCGACUAUGAGGAUGAGAAUGACCUUCCCACCAAUGGCGCAGCAGUACCAUCAUCAAACGGCGCCGCACUUGCAACAGCAGUUGAUGGCGAGGGUGACAAGGAAAAGAAAAACUUCUCCGGGAUUCACUCGACGGGAUUCAGGGAUUUCUUGUUGAAGCCUGAACUUCUUCGAGCUAUCAGUGACUUGGGUUUCGAGCAUCCAUCUGAAGUUCAACAAGAAUGUAUUCCCCAGGCGGUUCUCGGUAUGGAUGUUCUGUGUCAGGCUAAGUCUGGUCACGGAAAGACGGCUGUUUUUGUCUUGGCGACCCUGCAACAGUUGGAACCUGUCAACGGCGAAGUAUCGGUACUGGUCCUCUGUCACACCCGUGAAUUGGCUUUCCAAAUCAAGAAUGAGUAUACUCGGUUCGCCAAGUAUAUGCCCGAUGUUCGUGUCAGCACGUUCUACGGUGGUACCCCAGUGGCAAAGGACUCGGAGAUCCUGCGUGACAAGACUAAAUGCCCCCAUAUUGUUGUCGCCACACCCGGUCGAUUAAAUGCUCUUGCAAGGGAUAAAGUCUUGGAUGCGAAAAACGUUAAGCACUUCGUGUUGGACGAGUGCGAUAAAAUGCUGGAACAGCUUGACAUGCGCCGUGACGUUCAAGAGAUUUUCCGAGCAACACCUCAUCACAAGCAAGUCAUGAUGUUCAGCGCAACUCUGGCCAAGGAAAUACGCGUGACGUGCAAGAAGUUUAUGGCAAACCCUCUGGAAAUCUUCGUGGAUGACGAGACGAAGCUCACGCUCCACGGUUUGCAACAGCAUUACGUGAAGCUCGAGGAAACCGGUAAAAAUCGCAAGCUCAACGAACUGCUCGACACACUGGAAUUUAAUCAAGUCGUUAUCUUUGUUAAGUCUGUGGCACGAGCCAUUGAGUUGGACAAGCUCCUUGUGUCGUGCAAUUUUCCUAGUAUUAGUAUUCACUCCGGUUUACAACAAGAGGAGCGUAUCAAGCGGUAUACUGCUUUCAAAGCAUUCGAAAAACGUAUCCUCGUGGCUACGGAUAUCUUCGGUCGUGGUAUUGAUGUGGAGCGUGUGAACAUCGUGGUUAACUACGACUGUCCACCGGAUGCGGACAGUUACCUGCAUCGUGUGGGUCGUGCUGGAAGGUUUGGGACGAAGGGUCUUGCGAUCACAUGUGUGUCGUCGGAAAGUGACCAGCAGGUGAUGGCAGCCAUUCAGUCGAGGUUUGAGGUAGCGGUAUCGGAAUUGCCCGAACACAUUGACCCAGCGAGUUACAUGACGUCUUGAAGGAGCUGCGGAUGCUGUUUUAUUUUCUAUUCAUUUCCCCUGUCUAAUGUUCUACGUACUCUUGUCUCUCACUACAUUUCUCGGUAUCGUCGAAUCCAGCUCUUCUUGAAAGCACUGUAAACCUAAACGUACUGUCUGUCCAAUAAAUAAACACAACGCUGAUGCUGUUAACAAAAU